AUGAAGGAUUUGGGUUCUCUACGAUAUUUCUUGGGUAUUGAGGUAGCCUACUCACCUAGAGGUUAUCUUCUUUCUCAGUCGAAAUAUGUUGCAGAUAUUCUUGAGCAUGCUAGACUUACUGAUAAUAAGACUGUAGAUACUCUGAUUGAGGUUAACGCAAAGUAUUCUUCUUCUGAUGGUUUACCUUUGUCAGAUCUUACUUUAUACUGUACUAUCAUUGGGAGCUUGGUAUAUCUCACUAUUACUCGUCUAGAUAUUGCAUAUGCUGUUCAUGUUGUUAGUCAGUUUGUUGCUUCUCCUACUACAGUUCAUUGGGCAGCUGUUCUUUGUAUGUUUCGGUAUCUUCGGGGUACAAUCUUUCAGAGUCUUUCACUUCCAUCCACCUCUUCCUUGGAGUUGUGUGCAUACUCUGAUGCUGAUCAUGACAGUGAUCCCAUAGAUCGCAAGUCUAUUACUGGUUUCUGUAUCUUUUUGGGUGAUUAUCUUAUUUCUUGGAAGUGCAAGAAACAAUCCAUUGUUUCUCAAUCUUCAACUGAAGUAGAAUAUCGUGCUAUGGCAUCUACUACCAAAGAGAUUGUUUGGUUACGUUGGUUAUUUGCAGAUAUGGGAGUUUCUCUUUCUCAUCCCACUCCUAUAAAACAAAAUCCUGCUACAGCUCUCAGAUUCAGGCUUCUUAGGCAAACAUGGUUUCACAUCUCUCAAGAUGUCUUCAAGACUUUCGUUGACCAAAAAGGCAAUUACAUGGCUAACUUACACAAGGAUAUCAAAGGAAUGCUAAGUUUGUAUGAGGCUUCAUAUCUAGCCUUUGAAGAAGAAAAGCUCUUGGAGGAAGCCCAAAAAUUUUCAACAACACAUCUCACUGACCUACAGAGAAACGUAGACCCAGCCAUAUCACAACUUGUUACUCACGCAUUGGAGCUUCCAUUGCAUCAUAGAAUGCAAAGGCUAGAAGCUCGGUGGUAUAUUGAAGUCUACAGCGAAAGAAAUGAUCCAAAUUACUUACUACUUGAACUUGCCCAGCUGGAUUUUAACAGGGUGCAGUCAGUGUACCAAAAAGAUGUGAAAGAUAUGUCAAGGUGGUGGAAGGAAAUUGAUCUAGCAAACAAGUUGGAUUUCGCCCGGGACAGGUUGAUGGAAUGCUUCUUUUGGACGGUUGGAAUGGUUCCUGAUCCACAAUUUAGUAAUUGCCGUAAAGGUUUAACGAAAGUGACCACAUUUAUAACGAUCAUUGAUGACAUCUAUGACGUAUAUGGUUCUCUGGAUGAAUUAGAGCUCUUUACGGAUGUGCUUGAAAGAUGGGAUAUCAAUUGCGUGAAUAAACUUCCAGACUAUAUGAAAUUGUGCUUCCUAGCUCUUUACAACAGUGUAAAUGAGAUGGGUUAUGACACUCUAAAAGAAAAGGGAGUGAACAUCAUUCCGUACCUAAAGAAAGCGUGGGUUGAUAUGUGCAAAGCAUUUUUACGAGAAGCAAAAUGGAGUUUCAACAAAUACACGCCAACGUUCGAGGAAUAUCUUGACAAUGCGUGGCGAUCAGUGUCGGGGACUCUAAUUCUGGUUCAUUCCUACUUUUUAAUGAAUCAAAGUAUCACCAAGGAGGCACUUGACUCAUUAGAAAAUUACCAUAGUCUGUUGCGCUGGCCAUCUGUGAUUUUUCGACUUUGCAAUGAUUUCAGUACUUCAAAGGCUGAGCUAGAAAGAGGUGAAACCGCGAGUUCAAUAUUAUGCUAUAUGCAUGAAACGGGCGUAUCCGAGGAAAUAGCUCGGGAAGAAAUAAGGAAGUUCAUUGAGAAAGCUUGGAACAAAAUGAAUAAGGAUCUGAAUGAUAAGCAUCCAUUUGCAGAAGCUUUCGUAGAAACAGCUUUUAAUCUCGGUCGGAUAGUCCAUUGCACAUACCAACAUGGAGAUUCGCAUGGAGCUCCUGAUUGUAGCGCUAAGAACAGAGUCCUUUCAUUAAUAAUUGAUCCCAUUGCAAUCAUGCCAAGACAAGUAAAAUCACAAUGA